AAGGACCGUCAGCUUGUGUGCGAACUGCGACAAGUUUCUCUAGGCUCGACGCCGGACUACGAUGCAAUAUCCUACGCUUGGAACGGUGAGAAACCGACCGUGCCUGUCAUAUGCAAUGGCAGGACUCUGUUGCUUACGCCAUCUCUCCACGAGGCUCUCUAUACACUUUAUCGCAUGGGUCAGCUACGUGCUGUGUGGGCUGAUGCGAUAUGCAUUGACCAGUCCAAUGACUCAGAGAAGGCCAUCCAGGUACCGCUUAUGGGCCACUACUAUACCCACGCCAAGCGAGUCCUUGUCUGGCUCGGAACUUCAGGUCUCUCUACCACACUUGCCAUGCGGGCUAUUCCGGAUCUGAAUCGUCAGUUGAGUAGAACUCCGGACUCGAUUGUGAUCACGAACAAAUCGCUACUGCAGCAUGACCUGCCGCGGAUGGAAGACCCCGUCUGGAAGGGCAUCGGGGAAGUUUUGGCACGCUCAUGGUUCAGACGGUUGUGGAUUGUGCAAGAGGUU